GCCUGGCCAGCUGUGUCCGGCGGAGGCAGCUGCUGACCCAGCUGUGGACUGUGCCGGGGGCGGGGGACGCAGGGGCAGGAGCCCUGGCACCCCCACCCCCUGUGGCGGGGGCUGCAUUAUGGACCACCUCGGGGCGCCCCUCUGGCCCCGAGUCGGCUCCAUCUGUCUCCUGCUGGCAGGGGCCGCCUGGGCCUCCCUACCCAACCUCCUGGACCCCAAGUUUGAGAGCAAAGCGGCCCUGCUGGCGGCCCGCGGGCCCGAAGAGCUUCUGUGCUUCACCGAGCGGUUGGAGGACUUGGUGUGUUUCUGGGAGGAAGCAGCGAGCGCCGGGGUCGGCCCCAACUACAACUUCUCCUACCAGCUCGAGGGUGAGCCAUGGAAGCCAUGUCGCCUGCACCAGGCGCCCACAGCCCGCGGCGCGGUGCGUUUCUGGUGCUCUCUGCCUACGGCCGACACGUCGAGCUUCGUGCCCCUAGAGCUGCGCGUCACAGCCGCCUCCUCGGGCGCUCCGCGCUAUCGCCGUGUCAUCCACGUUAACGAAGUGGUGCUUCUGGACGCCCCCGUGGGGCUGCUGGCGCGGCGGGCCGACGAGGGUGGCCACGUGGUGCUGCGCUGGCUCCCGCCCCCAGGGGCACCCAUGACGACCCACAUCCGCUACGAGGUGGACGUACUGGCAGACAGCGGCGCAGGAGGAUCGCAGAGGGUGGAGAUCCUGGAGGGCCGCACCGAGUGCGUGCUGAGCAACCUGCGGGGCCGCACGCGCUACACCUUCGCGGUACGCGCGCGUAUGGCCGAGCCCAGCUUCGGUGGCUUCUGGAGCGCCUGGUCGGAGCCUGCGUCGCUGCUGACGGCUAGCGACCUGGAUCCCCUCAUCUUGACGCUCUCCCUCAUCCUCGUGCUCAUCCUGCUGCUGCUGGCCGUGCUCGCCCUGCUCUCCCACCGCCGGGCUCUGAAGCAGAAGAUCUGGCCUGGCAUCCCGAGCCCCGAGAGCGAGUUUGAGGGCCUCUUCACCACCCACAAGGGGAACUUCCAGCUGUGGCUGUACCAGAAUGACAGCUGCCUGUGGUGGAGCCCCUGCACCCCCUUCACAGAGGACCCAUCUGCCCCCCUGGAAGUCCUCUCUGAGCGCUGCUGGGGGCUGACACAAGCAGCAGACCCAGGGGCAGAUGACGAGGGGCCCCUGCUGGAGCCAGUGGGCAGUGAGCAGGCUCACGACACCUAUCUGGUGCUGGACAAGUGGUUGCUGCCCCGAAGCCCGCUCAGCAAGGACCUCCCAGAGCCUGGUGGCAGCGUGGCCAUAGUGGCCACAGAUGAAGGCUCAGAAGCAUCCUCCUGCUCAUCUGCUUUGGCCUUGAAGACCAGGCUAGAGGGGGCCUCAGCUGCCAGCUUCGAGUACACCAUCCUAGACCCCAGCUCUCAGCUCUUGCGCCCGCGGGCACUGCCCCCUGAGCUGCCCCCCACCCCACCCCACCUGAAGUACCUGUACCUUGUAGUGUCUGACUCUGGCAUCUCAGCUGACUACAGCUCAGGGGGCUCCCAGGGAGCCCAAGAGGGCUCAUCUGAUGGCCCCUUCUCCAACCCUUAUGAAAACAGCCUCAUCCCAGCCCCUGAGCCUCCGCCCCCCAGCUAUGUGGCCUGCUCUUAGGACUCCAGCCUGCAGGUGCAUGGGGUUCCCACAUGACUCGAAGUGCCAGUGCAGGCCCAAGACUUAUUGAACAGGGAUGGCAAGGCUUCCCUCAGGACUAGGGACAUUGAUGACCUUGGCUGUCUGCCCAGUCCAUCCUGCUCAGGAAGUAACAAACUUGCAGUUAUUUUUAAAUA